UGGCGGGACACGUGGCACAAGGUACAACCUUCCAUUGCGUGCUGCAAGAAUCGCCGCCUUCUUUGGGAUUGCGUUUCCCGAAAACCCUCGAAUGCAGUUUGAUCUUGAUUCAAUCCGUUUGUACCUUUCUUUUCUGCUUGAUUACCUUUUUUAGCUGCGUAUGUGGUUGAUGAUUUCAUCGUGAAUUAGCGGAAAAUUCAUGGGGUCUUUUCUGAAGAUGACAAUUGGUGAGAAAUCGGGAGCUGCGAGAUUGUAGAUGCAAAUGGAUUCGAUGCCGGUGAAUUGGGAAGCGCUCGACGCUCUCGUCGUCGACUUUGCCAAGUCCGAGAGGUUAAUCGGUGAUGCAUCGCCUCCGUCAUCGCCUCCGCCGUCGGCGUCUUCGUACAAGUGGCGCCUCCUGAUUUGCCAGAUCAGGCGUUGCCUGGAGUCCGGGGAUGUUGACUCGGCGAUUGACCUUCUGCGGGAGUAUGCCCCCUCGGUGCUCGACGAUCACCGCCUCCUCUUUCGUCUGCAGAAGCAGAAAUUCAUUGAGCUGUUAAGGAAAGGGACGAACGAGGAUCGUGAUUCUGCCAUCAAGUGCGCCCGCGCAUCUCUUGCCCCUUGUGCACUUGACGCCUACCCGGAAGCAUACGAGGAAUUUAAGCACAUUCUUCUUGCCUUCAUCUAUGACAAAGACGAUCAGGCUUCUCCAGUCGUGAAUGAGUGGUCCGAAAAGAGAAGGUUUGAGAUUGCUGGACUGCUGUCUUCUGUUUUACGGGCCCAACUACAUGCAUAUGAUCCUAUCUUUUCAAUGACACUGCGGUAUUUAAUUAGCAUACACAAGGGAUUUUGCAUCCGUCAAGGAAUUUGUUCACCCAUAACAGAUCUCACAGAAAGACUGCUCUUCGAGGAGCGUGACCCCCCUGCAAUGCCACAAGAAAGCUUGUUUGAAGCACCUCCAUUUGAUGAGGUGGACAUACAAGCCCUUGCACAUGCAGUGGAGCUUACUAGACAGGGUGCAGUGGAUAGUUUGAGGUUUGCUAAGGGUGAUUUACAGCAGGCAUUUCAGAAUGAAUUGUGUCGGAUGAGAUUAGAUAUUUCUGUUCUUGAUGAGCUUGUCCAUGAGUAUUGCAUCUAUAGGGGCAUUGUAGACCCUGGUUCAACAAACUCUGGUGAAGGAACACUAAUUACAUCUGGAAUGGAAAUUGGCGAUCCAUCGGAUCCAGGAAGUAGUUUAUCUGAAAAUUGUUUAGUUGGUUCUGAUAGCGACAUGUCAGCUGUAAGCAGCAGUAACAUAGAAGGUUCCCAGGGUAAAGUACUUCUGGCAAGUGCACCAAAUCCUGAUAUGGAAGUGAGGUACCCAAGUGAAACAACCAGUCUCAAAGAAGACUGUAGCACCAGUAGAUCGCAGGAACCUGAAGACAGCAAGGCUGUGCAAAGAAACAGAAGUCCUGGAACUGGGGAAAGGGGCAAGCGAAAAAGAUGGAGGGGUAGAAAUGAGAAUCUUGAAAUUGUUUCAGAAGUGCUCAGGGGAAGCAGUAAACAUGAGCUCAGUGCUGCUACUAUUGGUUGCACAAACACUGAUCUUAAAAAUUCACCUAUGAUGCAAGAUGCAAGCAAUAAGGUGGACAAGUUUGAGAUUGUUUUGGGACUGAAGGAACUAGCAAGCAAAGGAAUGGCUGUUGAAGUUGUUGAAGAAAUAAGUUCUUUGGAUCCUGAUUUUUUCUUGCAGAACCCGGUACUUCUUUUCCAGCUAAAGCAGGUUGAAUUUUUUAAGCUUGUUCGAGCUGGGGAUUUUUCCAGUGCACUGAAUGUUGCCUCAUCCCAUUUGGGUCCUUUGGCUUCCAAAGAUCCGAAUUUGCUUAAACCAUUGAAAGAGACUUUGUUGGGUUUGCUCAGACCAACUGAAGAGCCAAUUGGAAAGCAUUUCUCCUUAGAUGCCCUUGCAACUUCACUUCAGAUUGCUGUUGGUAGAAGAUUAGGCGUUGAAGAGCCACAGCUUAUGAAGAUAAUAAGGGCGACACUCUACUCGCACACCGAAUGGUUCAAGCUUCAAAUGUGUAAAGAUCAGUUUGAAAGCCUCUUAUGGAUCAAUUCCCUGAAAGAGCUCGGCAGCCCAUUGCUCGGAGAUCCUGCUUCCAAAUCCAGCAUGGAUACCUGCACUCAAGGUUCUUCACAGGUCACAAUGUCAUCCAGCAGUAUGAGCAUCCACAAAGACAGCAGCAGUCCUAAUCAAAUCUCAUCGACUGAUAUUGGAUGCGAUGAGAAUGCAAUACUCAAAGUCAUGGAAUUCCUUGCUCUGCCCAGAGCCGAUGCGAUCCAUCUUCUUGCGCAAUAUAAUUGGAACCCCGAAACUGUGAUUCAACAGAUAUUCGCCUAGUUUGUUAGAGAGGGUGUACAUCCAUCAGUACCAUCUUAAAGGUUCUAUAGUCCAUUGCUAUUUGAAUUGGACUGUUUAUUUUGUUGUUGUUGUUAUUGGUGUAUAGACUAAAUUUUGUGUGCACAGAACAGGAAAGGGAAGGAGCCAUGUUCAAUUAUUCUUGCAGCCUUGGCCCUCGAGACCAUGUAAUUCUAUCCACGUUUUGUUUCUAUUGUUGUAUUCAUUUCUUGAAACAUACACAGUGACAGUUUAUUCAUACAACACUGAAUCUCUGGCAAUGAAUUAAGUCUGCUGCAGCUUCCUCUCUUC